AUGCCGAUCUUCAAGGCCUUCAGCCUGGGCAACGACCGCAGCAUCUGUCCCAUCUGCCUCAUGCAAAUAGAGCGCAACGACCUGGUGCGGAAGACGCCCUGCUCGCACACCUUCCACUCCAACUGCAUCGACUCCUGGUGCCUCAAGAACCUCAACUGUCCCGUCUGCAGGCACGACCUCUCCCGCGAGAAGAUCCACGAGAAGAAGAAGGAGCCGGCUGCGGAGUACCACCCGGUGGUGGAGGACAUCGUGGUGGAAGUGGUGGAGGAGAGGCCGCUGCCGGACCAGCUGAGCAUCGAGGAAACUGGCAGAUCUGGCAGUACCUGCUAUCGCCUUCCUUCACUUCGAAUUCCGGUGCACUGUCUCCUAGCAGCCGCCGGGAGGCUCGGGAUCCUCAGCCUCCAUCUUCUGAGCGAACUUGUUGCGCUCGAGGGUCCAGUUGGACUGGUAGUAGGGCUGUAUCGGCCGAUUCUUACCUUGUCGGCGGGCAGCAGGAAGGCGGGCGUGAAGAACUGGAGGUCGUGGUUGAAGGCCGGCAGGAUGGAGGGCGUGCUGUUGCGGAGGCUAACUCUGGCGAGCGUUACGUGGGAUUGGAGCUGA